GGGUUCCGGUCCCGAGCGCGGCCACUUCAACGCAUUGGUCACUUGGACGGGCUCCUCGGAGGCGGUGGCACCGAGUCCCGACGGCCGGACCCGGCAGAGCAGGGACCAUGGACUCGUUCAGCACCAAGAACCUGGCGCUGGAGGCGCAGAAGAAGGUCCUGAGCAAGGUGGCCUCCAAGGGGCUGGCCACCGCCUUCCUGGACGAGGCGAGCAGCGAGGUGCUGGACGAGCUGUACCGCGCCACCAAGGAGUUCACGCGCAGCCGGCGCGAGGCGCAGCGGCUGGUGAAGAACCUGGUGAAGGUGGCGCUGAAGCUGGCGCUGCUGGUGCGCGCCGGGCAGCUGCGCCCGGCCGAGCUGGACGCCCUGCGCGCCUUCCGCGGCCGCGCGCGCCGCCUGGCCAUGACCGCCGUCAGCUUCCACCAGGUGGCCUUCACCUUCGACCGGCGCGUGCUGGCCGCCGGCCUGCGGGAGUGCGGGGACCUGCUGCGCCAGGCGGCCGGCCCGCACCUCACCGCCAAGUCGCACGGCCGCAUCCAGCACGUGUGCGGCCGCCUGGCCGACGCCGACUUCCUGGGCGCGCUCUACGGCCCGGCCGAGCCCUACCGCGGCCACCUGCGCCGCAUCUGCGACGGGCUGGCCCGCAUGCUGGACGCCGGCAGCCUCUGAGCGGCCGGGACGCCCCCCGGCCCCGGCCGGCCCCGCGCCCCCGCGCCCCGGGACGCUGCCACCGGCCCUCGUGCGCAAACCAACAUGCGCGACGCAUCGGCUCCUUCGGCCCCCACCCCAGAACCGCUCCUGCUCCCCGCCGGGCCGACGAGGGCGCCCCUGCUGCGCCCCUCAAACGCCCUCCUCGGCCCGCUGCUGGGCUCUCGCGAAGCAGGAGCGCGUGACCGCAGAGCCCGCGUGCGCCCCUCUUCUCGGCGCAAGCCCUCCCCGCCCGACAGCGGGGAAAUUCGGGGUGCUCACCGCCCCCCACCACUGCACAAUCAGAAUAAAAACCUUGGGGGCUGCGGGAAGGGCUCAGAGUGAGGCCCCCACACCCAACACUGCUGUCUGUGCCCACCGUGGCCCCCAGAAGUCACCGAAAUACGCCAAAUAAAAGUGGGGGCGGGGGGCGGACAGUUAAGACCUGGCGGGGGCACUGGCCUUGCAUGUGGCUGACCCAGGUUCCAUCCUUGGCAUCUCAUAGGGUCCCCUGAGCCCACCAGGAGGGACCCCUGACCUCCCAGUCAGGAGCCUGGUGUGGCCCAAACCACACGCUCUCCAGGGCAGGUGGUACACCGCCCCCCCACACUGCCGGGAUGGGGUCCAGGUGCCGGGAGGGACCCCAAGAGGUGGUCACCAGGACAGCUGAGCUCUUGCUACUGCUUGGUCAGGAUCCAGGGGCUUAGGCGCUGCUGAGGAGUCUGGGGGUUUGGGGGCGGCUCCCCCAGGCCCACACACUCCCCACAGGGGCCUCACCCUUUGCCCACCGCGGCGUGUCCGAGUGUGCCCCGUGGUGGCUGAGGACACGUGGGUCCCCCCAAUCCUGAGCCUGAACUGCAGCCUGGUUAAAAGGGGUAUCCAGA